UUGUGCUCCGAGCCGCCGCCAGCAGCAGCAGCAGCCUCGGCUCCUCCUCGCGUCGGCCCUCCCUCCUCCCUCCUCCCUCCCGCACGGCAGCCGCGCUCGCCCAGCGGACGGGGUGUAAGGCAGCGACGUCGGCAGGAGCAUGGCCCGCACCAAGCAAACGGCCCGCAAGUCCACCGGCGGCAAGGCGCCCCGCAAGCAGCUCGCCACCAAAGCCGCCCGCAAGAGCGCGCCCUCUACUGGCGGGGUGAAGAAGCCGCAUCGCUACCGGCCAGGGACUGUGGCUCUCCGUGAGAUCCGGCGCUACCAAAAGUCCACCGAACUUCUGAUCCGCAAGCUUCCCUUCCAGCGCCUGGUGCGGGAAAUAGCUCAGGACUUCAAGACAGAUCUGCGCUUCCAGAGCGCCGCCAUCGGUGCUUUGCAGGAGGCAAGUGAAGCUUACUUGGUUGGCCUGUUUGAAGAUACCAACCUGUGUGCUAUCCAUGCCAAACGUGUCACAAUCAUGCCAAAAGAUAUCCAGCUAGCACGCCGCAUACGUGGGGAGCGUGCCUAAACUUCACUCUGAUGAGUUUUGUCAUUCUCCAAGCAAAAUCUUCUUCCUGUUAUUGGUAGUAAUGAACAUUAGAUAUUUUUUUUUCCAUGGGGGGUUAAAAGGUACCUAAGUAUAUGGUUGCAAAUGGCUUAAAAAAUAGGGGACAGAAUUGGAUAUUGGCAAGUUUUGGGGUUUGGUUUGGUUUGGUUUAUUUUUUCCUUUCCAUUUUCAUUUGUGUGUGGAUUUUUAAUAGAAACAAACAAACAAAAAAAAGGGGGCUCAUAAAUUCACAAUGUGGUGGGAAAAGAACAGCAAAAAAAAAAAAAGAAAUUUCAACAAUUCAACUUUAUAAAAAAAAAAAAGAUUUAAAACAAAAAAAAGCUAUAAAUAAAUCUGUCAAAUUUUUUUCUGGACAAUGUCAGCAUUUGGAUUUGUUUUGGAUUUUUGUUUUCUUUUUAAACAAGUAAAUUUCUUAUCAAUGGCAACUAAAUGGUGUUUGUAGCAUUUAUAUCAUACAGUAGAUUCCAUCCAUUCACUAUACUUUUCUAACUGAGUUGUCCUACAUGCAAGUACAUGUUUUAAUGUUGUCUGUCUUCUGUGCUGUUCCUGUAAGUUUGCUAUUAAAAUACAUUAAAUGAGA